AUGGCUCCUCCAGUGUGGACUCUGGUGCUGCUGGUGGGGGCUGCCUGUCUAAGGAAAGAGAAGUCUCCAGAUUGGAAGCCACUGGUUCGCAGAGCCAGGGACAGCUCCGUGCUCACCCAGUGUGAUUUUGAGGAUGACUACAACCCCCUUUGUGGCUGGACCCAGGGCUCUGGAGAUGACGGGAACUGGACUCGAACCAAGGGGUCCACCCCCGAUGACAUCACCAGGCCGCAGGGCGGGUACCCCAACGGAGAGGGCUCCUACCUGCACGUGGACGCGCCCGCCAUCCACAGCAGCGGGGUGGUCAGCCUGAGCAGCCCCACCCUCCUGGACUCCGGCCCGCUCUGCGUCCACUUCGCCUACCACAUGUUUGGCCGGUCGUGGGGUGCCCGGCUCAAGCUGCUGCUGCUCCACAUUGCGGGGGGCAGCCGCCGCCAACUGCUCUGGCAGCAGAUGAACACACACAGUGCCUCCUGGAUGCCCACCACCGUCACCGUGCCUGCAGGCAUUGCCAGCCCCAGCAGGCUGAUUUUCGAGGCAGUGCGGGGCAGCAUGGCAUAUCUGGACAUCUCUCUGGAUGCCAUCUCUGUCCGUCGGGGCUCCUGCGAUCAGGUCUGCAUGAUGCAAACCUGCAGUUUUGAUGUUCUAAAUGACUUCUGUGGCUGGAGCUGGGUCCCAACUGCCACAGGGGCCAAGUGGAUCCAGAAGACAGGGUCAUCGGGGCAGUCGCAAGUGGGGCCUGACGACGACUUCUCCACGUCUGGUAAGGGCUCCUACCUGCUCCUGGACCCCAAGGAUGCCCGACCGGGGCAGCAGGUCACCCUCCUGAGCCCCGUGAGCCAGUCGCCCGGCUGUCUGAGCCUCACCUUCCACUACACCCUCCGGGCCCGGGCUCCCGGCGCAGGCCUCCUCGUCUUCGCCAAAGCCCUGGGCAGCAUCCGGAGACAGGCUCUCUUCUCAGGAAAACCUGGACCAGGCUGGCAGCCUGUUUCUGUCAAAUUUACAGGCCAGGGGCAGAUUCAGUUCAUGGUGGUGGGCAUGUUUGGAGUGACCCCGGAGCCAGCUGUGGCGGUGGAUGCCAUCGGCAUCACUCCCUGUGGAGAGACCUUUCCUCAGUGUGACUUUGAGGAUGAUGCCCGCCCCUUCUGCGACUGGAUCCAGGUGUCAGGUGAUGGUGGCCGCUGGACCCGGGGAAAUAGAAGUAUCUCUGCCCAAGCACCCCAUAAAGGAGAGCAUCACUACAUUCACCUGGAGGCUGAUCCGUCUUCCCAGUCUGGGAAGUCCGUUAGGCUGGUGAGCUGGCCGUUCUGCGCCACCGAGGCACUCUGCGUGGAGCUCUCUUACCACAUGUUUGGCGUUGGUGAGGGCCCGACACUCCAGCUCCUGCUGGGCAGCCCUGGAGGGGCGGCCUCCAACUCUCUCUGGAGCUGCGUUGGCUCUCAGGGCUCUGGCUGGCUGCACGCCUCUGUCCCCAUCCCCGCAGGACAUCAGCAGCCCAUGCAGCUGACGCUUGGGGCCAUCACAGGCUCCAGCACCACAUUUGACGUUGCCGUGGGCUUCAUUUCCAUCCGUCCUGGGACCUGCCCAGAACCAGUGCCCACAGUGCUUCCUGUCACUGAGAAGCUCACUGUCCCCCCAGAGAAGCCCACUGUCCCCACAAUGAAGCCCCCUGUCCCCACUGAGAAGUUCAUCAUCCCCACAACGAUACCCACCUUCCCCCCUGAGGAGCCCACUGUCCCCACAGAGGAGCCCACCAUCUCCACGGAGGAGCCCACCAUCCCCACAACAAAGCCCACCAUCCCCACGGAGGAGCCCACUGUCCCCACAGAGGAGCCCACCGUCCCCACAACAAAGCCCACCAUCCCCACGGAGGAGCCCACCAUCCCCACAGAGGAGCCCACCAUCCCCACAACAAAGCCCACCAUCUCCACGGAGGAGCCCACUGUCCCCACAACAAAGCCCACCGUCCCCACGGAGGAGCCCACUGUCCCCACAGAGGAGCCCACCAUCCCCACAACAAAGCCCACCAUCCCCACAAAGGAGCCCACUGUCCCCACAGAGGAGCCCACCAUCCCCACAACAAAGCCCACCAUCCCCAUGGAGGAGCCCACCGUCCCCACUGAGAAGCCCACUGUCCCCACAGAGGAACCCACCAUCCCAACAACAAAGCCCACCAUCUCCACGGAGGAGCCCACCAUCCCCGCGGAGCAGCCCACCGUCCCCACUGAGAAGCCCACCGUCCCCCCCACAGAGCCCACUGUCCCCACAAUGAGACCCACUGUCCCCAUGGAGGAGCCCACCAUACCCACAGUGAAGCCCCCUGUCCCCACUGAGAAGCUCACCAUCCCCACAACAAAACCCACCAUCCACACUGAGAAUCCCAUUGUCCCCACCACGAAGCCCACUGUCCGCCCCACCGAGCCCACCAUCAGCACUGCAAAGCGCCCCACUCCUCUGACGACCACCCGCAGCCCCACCCUGCAGCCCGCCGGGCCGGCCGCCUGGGCAAUUACUCCACCUGCUACCAGUGUCAAGACCACCCCCUUCACCACCACCCGGAGACCUCCAGUGAACUGUCCCCCAAAGUCCCACUACGAAUCCUGCGCCUGCCAUGUCUCCUGCCAGAACCCCAGGCCCAGCUGCAAGGCCCCUUGCAAGCCGGGCUGCGUCUGUGACGUUGGCUUUUUGCUUAAUGGCUACGUCUGCAUCAAAGCCUCUCUCUGCAGCUGCUACUACAACACCACGUUCUACAAGUCUGGGGAAGAGUGGCUCAACGGCGACUGCACCAAGCGUUGCUACUGCGUGGGUAAUCGGGUGAAGUGCCAGGAGUUUCGGUGCAAGUCAAACGAAGUGUGCCAGGAGCAGAAUGGCCAGUUCAGAUGCUACCCCCAGGUGGGCGCUGCCACCUGCUUGGUCUAUGGGAACCUUCAUUAUCUCACCUUUGAUGGGAAGCCCUUGACCAUCAUAGGCAAAUGCACAUACAUCUUGGUCCAACCCUGGGACAAUUCCACAGUCCCCUACUUCAGGGUGACCACAAAGAUGGAGGAACGAGGCCGGGAAGGCAUCUCCUGCCUGAGCAAAGUCUACGUGACCCUGUCCAAGACCACCAUCACCCUGCUCAAAGGCAGGCACACGCUGGUUGGGGGUCAGCAAGUCACCCUCCCAGCCAUGCCUUUUCAAGGUGUCUUCCUGUUUCUGAGUGGGCGAUUUGUGGCGUUGCAGACAGCAUUUGGUUUGCAGAUGCGAUGGGAUGGUGACCAGCAGCUGUUCAUCUCUGUGCCUGGCACCUACUUUAGAAAACUCUCCGGUAUCUGUGGAAACUUUGAUGGUGACAUGAACAAUGAUAACCAGAGGCCAGAUGGCCUUCCAGCAAAAGAUGAGAAGGAGCUGGGGGACAGCUGGCAGACAAAUGAGGGCGAGGACAAGGAUGAGGACACACAGUGCCAGAGCAACCAGAGGAUGCCCCCGUCUUGUGACGAAGCCUUGCAGGACAGUCUUCCCGGGCCACAGUUGUGUGGCCAACUCAUCGACCGCCAAGGACCGUUUGAGAAAUGCCUGCCUCACCUCCAGGCCUCUUUCUACUACAAGAGCUGCCUGUUUGACAUGUGCAACUUCCAGGGGCUGCAGCAGAUCCUGUGUGUCCAUAUGGCUGCCCUGACUGAGGCCUGCCAGGCCGCUGGCCACAUGGUGAAGCCCUGGAGAAGCCCCCAGUUCUGCCCUCUGGCUUGUCCACCCAACAGCAAGUACUCGCUGUGUGCUGGGUCGUGCCCCAAAACCUGCUACUUGAGAUUCUCCGCCCCCAACUGCCCAGACCGGUGCGUGGAGGGCUGCGAGUGCAAACCAGACUUCUACCUCGGUGGCCUCCAGUGCCUCCCCAGUUCCCAGUGCGGGUGUGAGCAGUCCACAGGACGCUACUACCUGACAGGGGAUGAUUGGUACAUGCCAGAAUGCAAGGAGCGCUGCUACUGUAAUAAAAACCGCCAAAUUCAGUGCAUGAACUGGAAGUGUAAGCCCCCGUAUUCCUGUGUUUCAGAGGACGGUGUCUAUGGUUGCCACACCCAAGCUUCUGGCAUCUGCACCGUCUCGGGCGACCCCCACGUGCAGACGUUCGAUGGGGCCCUGCACCACUUCAUGGGCUCCUGCACCUACACCCUGACUCGCACCUGCUGGAAUGUGCCCCCGGAGGUCUCCUUCCUUGUGCACAUUACCGGUGAGUUCCGGGGUGGCAACCUUGCCAUCUCCUACGUCAGAAUUGUCCACGUGCAGGUCUUCAACAUCAAAUUCAAGCUGCUCCGACGCCACAGGGUCCUGGUGAACGACCGCCGCAUGGCCCUGCCCCUGUGGGCCGCGGAGGGCCGGGUGAGCGUGGCGCUCAGUGGCGCCUUUGUCCUCCUCCGCACCAACUUUGGGCUCUGGAUCCGCUAUGAUGGGUUCCACCUGGUCGAGGUGACGGUCCCUUACCACUACUCCGGCCGGCUCUGUGGGCUCUGCGGGAACUUCAACAAAAACAGACUGGAUGACAAUAAGGGCCCCGAGGGAAAGCCCGCGGCCAACUCCAGCCACCUGACCACAGUCUGGAUGGCGAAGGAGCUCUCUGAGCCCGGCUGCUUUCCUGUGGGCGGCAAGCCCCCCAGCUGCCUGGAGAGCACAGCGGCAAACCCCUGGAGUAAGGACUGCGGGAUCUUAGUCAACCCUCAGGGGCCGUUCUCCCAGUGCCACGGGCUGGUGCCACCGCGUGACAGCUUUGACAGCUGCGUGCACGCCCAGUGUGGGUCCCAGGGCGACCCCGUCUCCCUGUGCCGCGCUCUGCAGGCCUACGCCGCCCUGUGCGCCCACGCCGGCCGGCCCGUCUCCUGGCGCAACAGCACCUUCUGCCCUAUGAGGUGCCCCCCCGGCAGCAGCUACAGCCCCUGCACCCAGCCCUGCCCCAUCACCUGCCUCAGCCUGAACUACCCGGCGGACUGCCCCCCGCACCUGCGCUGCACCGAGGGCUGCGAGUGCCAGAGUGGCCUGGUGCUGAGCGGCACGGCCUGCGUGCCCAUCGGCAAGUGUGGCUGCACCCUCCCGGACGGCUCCUACCACCCGGUCGGGGAGAGCUGGUACUCAGACCGCACCUGCACCCGGCGCUGCACCUGUGUCAGCCACAGCAAGGUGGCGUGCAGCCAGGCCCCCUGCGACCGCUCCCGCUCCGAGAUGUGCUUUCCGUAUGAUGGGCUGCAGACCUGCCGGCACACAGGAAAGGCGCUGUGCCACGUCUCCGCGUACCCCCACUACGUGAGCUUCGACGACAGUUACCACUCCUUCAGGGGCACCUGCACGUACGUCCUGGUGAACGUGUGCCUCCCCACCAUGGCCACGUUUUCCUUCAAGAUCACUGCCAAGCAUGAGAGGUGGGGAAGCCAGUUCCCGAUGGUCUACGUCAGCCAGGUCAACAUUUACGUCUUCAGUGCCCGGGUCACCCUGGAAAAGGACCACCGGGUGCUGAUCGAUGGCCGAGAGGUGUCCCUUCCCGCCAGAACCCAGAUCCAGGGGGUCUCCAUCACCACCAGCGGCCUCUACACCGUGUUUGCCACUAACUUUGGGCUGUUUGUCAAGUUCGAUGGCCGACAUCUCCUGGAGAUCCAAGUCCCGCAAUCCAAUUACAACCGGCUCUGUGGUUUGUGCGGCAACUACAACGGCGAGGAGGAUGAUGAGCUCCUCAUGCCCAGUGAAGAACUGGCCAGGAAUGACAUCGAAUUUGGGAACAGCUGGAAAGAAAUGGAUGGCACCGACCCAGAUUGCCAACCAGAUAACCGGGACCAACUGGCGUACCAGGCGAAGCUAAUUGAAAACUGCAAUCCAGCCAGCCUAGCACGGGCCCAGCUGCACUGCCGGGCAGCCUUCCAGAAUCCCGGCUGGGAGAGAUGUGCCUCCCAGGUGCCCUCCAGGCCCUUCCUGUUCGGCUGUAUCCACAGCUUCUGCGAGCUGGGGGACCUGACGCAGGCCGUCUGUGACGCUCUGCAGAACUUCGACGCCGCCUGCCAGGCCCACGGGCUCAGGACCCUGAACUGGAGAAACAGCAGCUUCUGCCCCCUCAAGUGCCCCUACUACAGCAGCUACACGCCCUGCGCUCCCUCCUGCCAGCCUUCCUGCGAGGACCCGGAGGGCCUGUGCCUGGACUCUAAAAAGGCCUCCUCGUGCUUCGAGGGCUGCACCUGCUACCCAGGCUACGUGCUCCUGGAGGACCAGUGUGUUCCCAGGAGUCAGUGCAGCUGCCGGGACGCCCAAGGCACCACCUUCACGGUGGGCAAUACCUGGCUGUCCCCCAACUGCACCAAGAGCUGCACCUGCACGAGAGGGCUCAUUCAGUGCCGGAACCACCACUGCCCCUUCGGCGCCCACUGCCAGCUCAUCUCCAAAAGCAGAAGUGAAUGUGUGCCCGACUGGUUGGAUUAUUGCUCAAUCUUCGGGGACCCCCACUACCGCACGUUUGACGGUGUCACCUACCGCUUCCGGGGCACCAUGACCUACUUUCUGAUAAAGACGGUGAGCAGCCUGCCCUCGGGCGUGGAGGCCCUGAGUGUGGAAGGACGCAAUAAGAUGUAUAUGCCCUGGAGCCCGGUCUACUUGCACGACGUGCUCGUGGAGGUCUACGGCUAUAGGGUCCAGCUCGGGCCUGGUUUGGAGCUUGUGGUCAACGGUGAGAAGAUGGCCAUUCCUUUCCAGCCUGACAAGCGUCUGCAGGUGUCCCUGCGGGCCCACCGCCUGUACCUGACCACUGACUUCAAGCUGGGCAUCAGCUUCGAUGGAAGUGACAACGCAGUGUUCUCCCUACCCAGCACAUACCAGGGGCUCGUGCGGGGCCUGUGCGGGAACUUUGACGGGAGCACUGUCAAUGAGUACCUGAUGCCCAAUAACGCCGUCUCCCAGAGCUCCCAAGUCUUUGGCGACAGCUGGGAGGUGAAGAAGACAACCUGGUUGGUCCGCGCCCGCUUCCCCAGGGCCGUGCAGAAGGAGGACCCAGAAGAAAGAGAGGAAGGGGAACGAGGAGAAGGCACAUCAGGCCUCCAGGUGUCAGGGUGCAGCCCGGAGCAGCUGGAGCUUGUCAACACCACCCAGGCGUGUAGGGUGCUGAUGGACCCCCAGGGCCCCUUUGCUGCCUGUCACCAGACCGUGGCCCCAGAGCCCUUCCAGGAGCACUGCGUGGUGGAUCUGUGUGCCGCCCGGAACCCCCGCGAGCGGGAGAAGAUGCGCUGCCAGAUCCUCGGCGGCUAUGCCACCCUCUGCCAGGAGGCGGGUGCCACCCUGAGCAGCUGGCGGAGCCACACCCGCUGCCCCUUGGCAUGUCCAGCCAACACCGUGUACCAGGGCUGCAUGACACCCUGUCCCGCCUCCUGCGCCAGCCUGUGGGCCCCGGGGGACUGCGAGGGCCCCUGUGUGGAAGGCUGUGCCCCCGUCCCCGGCUACGUCUACAGCGGGACCCAGACCCUCCCCGUGGCUGACUGUGGCUGCAUCCGUGACGGCGUCUACUAUGAGCGGGGCGACAGCUUCGUGACCAAGGAUUGCUCUCGGCGCUGCACCUGUGCCAGCCUGGGGGUCCUGCGCUGUCAGCCCUUUGGCUGCAGCCCCGGGGAGCUCUGCACCGUGGCGAACCUCACACAGGGCUGUUUCCCAGACAGUCCCUGUCUACAGAACCCCUGUCAGAAUGAUGGACGGUGCCAGGAGCAUGGUGCCAACUUCACCUGUGAGUGUGAACCUGGUUACACGGGAGCCCUCUGCACUGAGCCCUGGGAGGACGUCCCGCCCCCCGGGAAGCCGGAAGCACCCAACCUUGUGGCCGUCCUCCUGGGAAUGCUGGUGCCCGCGGCAGUGGCGGUGCUGGCAGUGACCCGGGAGUGUCUUCACAGGAAGAGGCAGAGGCAAGUGUGGGGAGCAGGGCUGUGCGGGGCCGGGGGCAGCCCCUGCUGACCGCUGACCCCAGGCUCUGCCCCGACGCCGCCUCGGGAGCAAGCACAGGGCCAGGACCGAGCUGGGCUGGUGGACACAGAAUUUGUUGCAGAGAGCACCCGCAGGGUCACUCAGUUUUGAAUUAUCUUCAGAAAGGGAGAGAGAAAAUAAAAUUAUUUAUUUUUGA